UGUGGGCCGGCCUGGCUGAAGAAGAACCAGGAGGAAGGAGGACCCAGGAGGAAGAGUCUCAGUUGGAGCAAAGUCUCAGCCAUUCUUCACAAAGCUGAUAAGGAGUCGUCGAGCCACCUUUCAAAGGAGGCUGACCUACAGGGAUGGCUCUUCCUACUCCUGCCUUGACCAGUCAUUGACAGGGACAGCCUGCAGGCAGCACAACCUCCGUGCCAAGUCAUGGGGGCGAUAGAUUAAGGGCCCAGCUGUGGGGCCCUUGGUCAGUCACACCAAUUAUGCCACCAUGGCACGAGGUUCACAGUGCAUUGUUGUUUUCUUUCUUCUUUUUAUUUUUUAAUUUAAGUCAUUAAUUAAUUCAUUUUAAAACUUUUGGCCACACCCUGUGGCAUAUAGGGUCUUAGUUCCCUGACCAGGGAUCUGACCUGCACCCUCUGCAUUGGGAGGCUGAGCCUUAAAACCACUGGACCACCAACGAAGUCCCAGGGGUGCAUUUUCGCGGCCCCCACAAGUCCCUCUCAGCCAGCGCACUGAGCAGCAGCUCUCCCGUCCUCCUUAACCCCUUGGAGAUAAUUCAGAAAUACAAGCCCACGCCUGAAAGCGACCAGGAGGAAGGGUAGCUUUAGAUGAUGCAAACAGAAAUUCCACCGGCCUCCAGAUACUAUCAUGUGUCAUGUUUCGCCAGGCUCCACAAGCUUGUGCUUCAGACUGUCUUGGUCACUUGCAGGUGAGCAGGCUCAAGACGCUACUCCCCAGCAAGGAGAACAUGACUGACACUGAGUUUGACUACGUUCACAAGCUGGCUGAGGACUAUCUGAAAUAUGUGUUGCAGAUACAGCAACCUGGAUCCAAGCCAAGCAAAACAUCCAGGGUGUUACAAGACGUGGCUUCCUCUGUCCAGGACGAAGUGGAAAGGACUUUGAAGCAGUGCUUGGAUAAGUUUGAUGUGGUGUCUGUAGACACUGCCAGAACAAUAUUCAACCAAGUGAUGGAAAAGGAAUUUGAAGAUGGCAUUGUUAACUGGGGCAGGAUUGUAACCAUAUUCGCCUUUGAAGGUAUUCUUACCAAGAAACUUCUGAGCAAGCGUAUUGCCUCAGACAUGGACAUGUGCAAGGACAUUUCUUAUUUCGUGGCGGAGUUUAUCACCGAAAACACAGGAGAGUGGAUAAGGCAAAACGGAGGCUGGGAAAAUGGGUUUGUAAAGAAGUUUGAAACCAAAUCUGGCUGGCUGACUUUUCUGGAAGUUACAGGAAAGAUCUGUGAAACAUUAUGUCGUCUGAAGCAAUACUAUUGACUGAAAAGGACACUCCACAUUGUGAAAUCUGUCUAAUUUUUUAAACUCAUACAAGAAGUACUGUCAACACUUACUUCUACUUCUAAACAGAGAACUUUGAUGAUGUAACUUGACAUUCUGGAGUUAUGGGAAUUUUGUCCCCGUUUUAGUGAAUAAAUUUUAUAUAUUACUUGCAGCUAUAUGUGAUGUGUACUGUCUGGGAGUCUAGCAACAAAA